GGGAAAAUUCAAAGUUAACUCACUCAAAGACGUCACAUCAAUUCACACACACACUGCAUCGUUUUAAUUUUUCUUCACAAGCGCUCUCCCCGCUGCUUCUCCUUUACGUCUCUCUCUCCCCCUUCUCUAAUCCCAAAAUCCCAAAUCGACAAAUCUUUUCUCUUCUCUUCCUCGCUCUCUUCCCUGUUCUAGCUUCUUCCUCCGACCCAUUUCUCAAAAAACCCAUCUUCCAUUGAUUUGUUCGUGAUUUUGCCCAAUUGCGUUUUUAUAGGAGAGAGAGAGAGAGAGAUAAAGUUACAGACUUUAUUUGAUUUUAGGGCUUCAUUCUUCAUCUAGCUCCGCGACGCUUCUGGGUUUUCGUCUCCGUGCCUACAUUACCUCCAGGACGUUUAGAAAAUUUCGAAUUCGAGAUGAUAGAAACGGAGGCUGUUGAGAGGAAACGAUCCAGAGGAGGGUUUUUAACUCUCUUUGAUUGGUCUGGUAAAUCCCGGAAGAAGCUCCUCUCCUCUACCACCACCACCUCUGGACCCUCCGAAGCAUCAAAGCAAGAGAAACAAAAUGCUCAAAACCCCUCAAAGUCAUCAUCCCCAUCUGCUGAGCUUGAGGAGACAGGAAAGAGUGUAACUUACAGUCCAAGAAGGGACUCUAGCUGCUCUACAUCCACUGUUACUAGCGAUGAUAGACAAGGGUCUAGAGCCCCGAGUGUGGUCGCCAGGCUCAUGGGUUUGGAGUCUCUACCUAUACCAAACUCCCUGGAACAACCUCGGUCUAAUCCUGAUUUUGAUCCGUUCUUCCUCAGCUCCUCACGCAAGGCAAGCACAUGGGAUGCAUACGAGAGUUUGGGCUAUGUGAAUCUCCGCAGUCACUAUGAUGGCGUUUCUUGGGAUCAUUUGGAUUCAAGAACGAAUAACAACGAGGCUCACCGGUUACCUAUUAACCGCUUUCAAACCGAAACGUUGCCUCCAAAGUCUGCUAAACCGAUCUCCGUCACUCACAACAGGCUCCUGUCGCCUAUCCGGAGUCCUGGUUUUGUUCAGUCCAGGAACCCUGCUCAAGUUAUGGAAGCAGCUUCGAGAAUGAUCGAGCCUAGUCCUCGGAUAGCUGCUGCUAAAGCACGUUUUUCAUCAUCAUCUGAGGCUUCUUCAUCGAUUCCAAUGAGGAUCAGAGAUUUGAGAGAGAAGCUAGAAGCUUCACAGAACAAACAAACUCCACAAAUCUCUAAUGGUAGCCGCAACAAUAAUAAGUAUUUAAGAGGGAAGAACGAAACAUCAUCACUCAAGACACAGGAGGCAAAUAAGUUAUUGGGUAAAACCGGUAGAGUGAAGCCGCCUUCUGUAUCUGCUGCACACACAAAGGCUAAUAGUAUUCACAAGCAAGAGAGCUCAACACCCUCAAGUAGCACCAACAGAGCUCAAAAGGAGAAGAUAGUAACCAAGAACCGCAUAGUUAAAAAAGAUCUUGCUAGCACUAGGAAGACUGUGGCUAAGCAAAAUAACCAGAAACAGAACCAACCCGCUCUGAUGUCUAUUUCAAAACAGAAAAGCAGCAAAGUGAUGAACAAAGUUGUAAACAAGGUGUUGGUGGAAAGCGGAACUUCAUCUAAGAAGCCUGGUCCUAAAAAGAAUCUUCCGUGCAACAAAAAACCGGCAAAUGGUGUGCAAGAGCCUGGAGUGAUCAGUGAGAAACUGAUCAAAAGGGGUGAAAAGUUGAAGAAAUGUAACAUCAGUGUUGAAGGUGAUAGAAAGAAGGACAUGGAUGUAAUCUCGUUCACUUUCUCAUCCCCUAUCAAGGGCAUAUCAUCCACUAAAAGGACCACCGAUCAAGAAAGAGAUUCUGCACUUAGUUUGAGUGCAAUCAAUGGUGAUUCUCUAAACAUUCUGUUGGAACAAAAGCUUAGAGAGCUAACCUCUAAGAUUGAGUCGUCUAGCAGUGGCCUUACACAAGAGGGAGAGUCUUCAGGCUCCAUUUCAAAAGAUUGGGUGAAUGGAACCAUAUCUUUGCCGUCAGAUGAUCUUGAUAAAGUUUCAUCAGAGGGCGAAUCUGUUUCUGACUGUACUUCAUUCUUCAAUAACCGAAAAUUUCAGGCAGAAGAGCAGGAAGUAAACAGCUUUGGGACAGAAGCUGAGGAUCUCCAAAUCUCAAAUUCACACAAUGAGAUUGAAGAAACAGAACUCUCAGAAUCAGUCACUUUAGCAGAAGCUGAAGAAGAAGGCCAUCGUGACUGGGAGCUAGAGUACAUAACCGAGAUCAUAUCCUCUAACCAACUGAUGGUGAAAGAAAUCUCCUUGGGGAUGGCUACUGAUAUAUUACCUUGGAGCCUCUUCGACGAACUCGAAUCCAAGAGAGAUCCACGAGGAAACAUAGAGAGAAAAACUUUGUUUGAGUUUGUGAACGAGUGCUUAACACUCAAAUGCGAGAAGACGUUCAUGGGAAGCUGCAGAGGAUCGUUUUUGUUUGGAAGGAAAGAGGUUUUAGCUGAGGAAGUGAAGAGAGAGAUUGAGAGGUUGAAGAAGAUGAGGGAGAUGAUGAUGGUGGAUGAGCUGGUUGACAGUGAGAUGAGUAGCUUUGAAGGGAGAUGGCUUGAUUACAAGAGAGAGGCGUACGAAGAAGGGAGUGAGAUUGAAGAAGAGAUUUUGUCUGAUUUAGUUGAUGAGUUAGUUAAUGAUCUUCUCUUGUGUUAUUAAGUUAUUAACGACCUGGUUGUCUUCUUCUAGAAAGAAUUGUUUCUAUUAAUAGAAAUAAUAUCAUUCACUGAACA